AUGCCAAUUGACAUCAUUAAUACCUUAGUUGUAAAGGGAACUGACGGAAUCCCCGGAUGGCCAAUUAUAAAACGGUAUGGACUACCGUUUGUGGCGCUCAGUUUACUGAAAGUAUAUUGUGGAGGGAAACUGAAUCCAUGGCAAAGAGAUGUUCACGGAAAAGUCUAUAUAUUGACAGGCGCCACCGCUGGAGUUGGCUCCCAGUUAGCUGAAGAACUAGCAAAAGGUGGAGCACAGCUGAUUUUGUUGGUGAAGGAUCCUUCGAGUUCUUGGACAGUCGAAUUUGUGGACGACCUGAGAGAGAGAACCGGAAAUCCCUUGGUGUAUGCAGAGCAGUGCGAUCUGGCCGAUUUGCAUUCUGUCAGAAAGUUUGCUACACGUUGGCUAGAUAAUACACCUCCAAGAAGACUAGAUGGAAUCGUUGGGUGUGCCGGAGAAGCUUUACCACUAGGUGCUGCCCGCUCGACUUCGUCAGAUGGAGUGGAGAGACAAGUGGCGGUGAAUUAUUUGGGCCACUUUCAUUUAUUAGCGCUUCUGUCUCCAUCUUUAAGGGCACAACCAGCAGAUAGAGAUGUCAGGGUGGUGCUUACGACGUGUACAACCCAAGCGAUGGGUCAGGUUUCCUUAGAUGACCCUUUGUGGUUGGAUUCUCAGUAUCCCUCGAAGAGACCGUGGCAGGUAUUUGGCGGGGCCAAGUUAAUGUUGGGGUGCUUUGCCCAAGAGUUUCAAAGAAGACUGGAUGCCACUCCCCGUGGUGAUAAAAUGCCAUCCAAACUACGCGUUAAUGUGGUCAAUCCUGGUUUCAUGCGCACUGCAUCCACAGCCCGCGUAUUAUCCUUUGGAUCUCUUUGGGGCUUGCUUCUAUAUUUGCUGCUUUAUCCAAUUUGGUUCAUCUUAUUCAAGACACCUAUCCAGGGAGCUCAAUCAUAUCUUGCAGCACUAUUUGCUGAGCAUUUCAUAGAAUUACCAGGAGGUCAGUUUAUCCAAGAUUGUAAGAUCGUCAAGCCAGCACGUAAAGAACUGUCAGACUUUACAUUUCAAAAUAAGUUAUACGAAAAAACGGAGAAGCUGAUUGACCAGCUAGAACGACAAAGCGCCAAGCAAAGAGUACGAUCGAAACCAAAAUCCAACUCCAAGUCUAAACCUUCUAAGAAGUCAGGCACUGCGAACGUUGGACCAGAGAAAGAGAAUGAUGUGUUUGCAUCUGCACUAAAGGCGACACCACCAGACCUAUUCCCUCAUCAGCGUGCAGACCCCGCAGGAAAUAAAUAUCUUGAUCAGUUAGAGAAGAAGCUUGCUGAACAGUCCAAAAAGCAUUCUACAUAA